AUGGCAAGCAGAAAGAUGGAGAAAUAUCAGAAAUAUCACAUGGACCGAUUCACAUCUUGUGAUUCGAUUCACGCGCGACGCGCGCCGAACCGCGAUAACGCCUGUUUUGUUGCAGAAUCUCGACCGCUGAGGAAGAAUUAUAAUCAACUGUCGUCCAACGAAAAGUUAGACAAUCGACAAAUUGAGAAUAUUCACAUUGAAGAAGCUGCAGUAGACUCAGAUGCGAGCAGCACAGAUUUGGAAGAGCGCGAUAUGCGUGGAGUGUGCCCACCUUGCGCACAUGACCGAUACAACAACAAUAUCCGCCGACACGACCACGACGACUUCAGCGAUGACACAGAUUACGACGAGGCGCUAACGUGCAACGUGUGCGACCGCUCGUUCCCCACGCGCCGUCAGCUCAGUGACCACCAGCAAAAGAAGAGGCAUUUUGGAUGCGUGGCAUGCGACAGCCUGUUCCCUUCGCUAAUGGCGCUCGAGCACCACAAGGAGGAGUUCCAGCACUGGAGCGACUCCUCCUGCUGCUCGCGCUCCGACUCCGAGGACUCCGACGAGUGCCACGAGGACCGCCAUCGGCUACUCUAAUGCCACCACCUCAUUAUUGCCGGGGACAACGCAUCCAAGCUCGGGACCUUCGUGUGAUUGCGACGGCUAACUCUUUGGCACUUCAAAGGGGUAUACAAUUAUGUGGGUUUUAUGUACCAAACAAAGAGCUGUAUGUAAUAGACCCAAAAGAAAUGUAAUAGAACCAAAAUGAAUGCAAACUUGUAUAUUUUGAGCUGACGAGAUUCUCUAUCGGUCUAGGCCGUAGUAGGCGUCGGUCGGUGCAUAUAUUUUUACGAUAUCGAGUGAUUACUAAAUUCCCAAGACUGCUUUCAUUUCUGGAGCCCUCUAACUAGACUACUCUUUCAAACAUUACAACCCAAUUAACAGAAAAAUGGAACAAUAGGUAAAAUAUAAGCAAUUAAAACUUGUGCAAAUAUAUUUUUCUGUUCUCCGUGAAACCCUUUGGUUCGCAUGAUUGUUAUUGUAUAAGCAAGAUUGUUGCGUACAAUGAGAUUAAAUGCGCAAAGAUCAAUGCAGAUGGCACUGUAAUCGUAUAGGGUUUUCCUGAGUUAAAACUAGCCACAUAGAU